GUCCAGUACGCAAUGAGUACUCUAGAGCCUCUUUUAAUACAAAUAGUUCUGCUGCUGCUGUUUUCCGAACUCGGAAUGGGUUUGGUGACCGAUGCGCAGUGGGCCCAGUACAAGGCGAAGUACCGAAAGCACUACAAGUCGGACGACAACUAUCACCGGGCGAUAUUCAACAGCAGGGUACAGCUGGUGGCCAAUCACAACAGGCUCUAUUCCCAGGGCAAGGUGGGAUUCCGGAUGGGCCUGAGCGAGUUCUCCGACACCGACCAGGGUUUGCUCUUCAGAUACCGCACGGCGGUGCCACCGCCCCAAGAACCGAGUGUGGGAUUCGUGGCAAAACCCCCCGGAUACAGGCACUACAGUCAGAUUUCUGGAGGUAUAGACUGGCGGCAGUACGGGCUCAUAUCGGCAGUCGAGAACCAGGGCACCGACUGCCUCAGCUGCUGGGCCUUCUCCGCCUCGGGAGUCCUGGAGGCGCAUCUGGCGAGGAAGAACUCCCGCCUGGUGCCGCUGUCGCCCAAGCACUUGGUGGACUGCGUUCCCUAUCCCAGCAACGGCUGCCUUGGCGGCUGGGUCAGCGUGGCCUUCAACUACACGAGGGAUCACGGUAUUGCCACCAAGGCAUCCUAUCCCUAUGAGCCCAAGCAGCGGGACUGCCGCUGGAAGCCCCAGUGCAGUGCGGGCACCUUGCGCGGCUACGUCACCCUGAAGAACUACGAUGAGCGGGAACUGGCCGAGGUGGUCUACAACAUCGGACCCGUGGCCGUGUCCAUUGACCACCUGCACGAGGAGUUCAACCAGUACUCCGGUGGCGUCUUGAGGGUUCCGAGCUGCAAGUCGGACAAGGCCAGCCUGACGCACUCCGUUCUCGUGGUGGGCUUUGGCACCGAUGCCACCUGGGGCGACUACUGGCUGCUCAAGAACUCCUACGGGACGGAAUGGGGCGAGGGCGGAUACUUUAGGCUGGCCAGAAACGCCAACAACAUGUGUGGAGUGGCCUCCCUGCCACAAUAUCCGCUGGUAUAAAUAAAUUGUGGGAUUGGUGGCAUGGCCCUAGGUGUAUAUGGUUUUAUUAUAAUAGAAUAUAGUAUGUAGUAUGAUAAUAAUCAUAAUCAUCAUCUGGUUGCAAAAUAAUGGAUUACGAAUGCUUUUAUUGUCCUGAUAAGUUCAUAAUCCUAAGCAAAUAAACUUAUGUUUAAUUAUAACAUAGUAUACAGGUCUCUAAAAAUCAGAUAUUAUAACAAACUGCUAUUUCCAAUAGGUUAUUGUUUGUUUGAAGCCGUGUAAGAAACGCCCAUUGCAAUUAUUUGUCACAAUCCCAGUCAAAGGCAAAUCGUUCUUAGAAUUAAUAUUUACCAAUUUUCGAACCCUAACAAGACCUUAUAAAAUGCUAUACCUAACCAGGACCUCGGGCUUAGCUGGCAAAUAAACUUCGGUACUGCAAAAAAUAACAUCAUUUUCCCCGGCAGCAAAUGAGUCAUUCGAAGGUCCGCUUUAAAGUAAAGCCCCUGCCGUGGCAAUAUGUAAAUCCCCAUUUAAUUUGGCCAUCGAUUUCG